AUGUAUGCUGAUCGGGUGGAAAAUGGAGCGAGGAGGUCGGUGAAGGAACGUCUUGAUGGGAGCAUCGGUGUAUCUACUCGGCAGCAACGCCAAGUUAGCGGCAAGAGGGCGAGACAGGAUGACAAGUGGGAACAUGAUCUGUAUGAUGAUGAUGAACAACCCCAGACCACUAAUCGCAAAGUUACUGGUCAAGAUCUUCGUCAUAAGCUUCAAAAGAAAGGUCUUCAACCUGCAACUAGGCCUGGAAAAAGUUCGGCUCCAAACAUCCGAGAUCUCCGCGAAAGACUAUCAGGGACAAUGAAUUCACAACCUAAAAACUCCGAUCCACCGAAGUCAAAAGUGAUUGCUAAACCGAGCAAUACAAGUGUUGGCGCGGAGGCUCCUGCAGUCAAAAGACCAGCUAACCCAGCUCCUAAGAAGGCACGGAAGGCUGAAACUACAGUGGAUGAUUUUUUGCUGUCCUUGGGUCUCGAAAAGUAUCUCAUAACUUUUCAAGCUGAAGAAGUUGAUAUGGCAGCUCUCAAACAUAUGAAUGAUGAGGACCUCAAGGUCAUGGGUAUACCAAUGGGGCCCAGAAAGAAGAUACUUUUAGCAUUGGAGUCAAAACUCUGA